CUGCGCGUGCGCGCUCGAAACCGGACGUGCACCCCCGCCCGCCUCCCCCAGGCCGGUGGCCCCGGAAACAGCCACUAGCAGUCUCCACGCUUCAGGAGACGUGUAGUGGCCGGGUUCGGCCUUCGUUGAACUCUCACCCCAGCGCAUGGGUUUCUUUUUCCGGGACAAGAUGGCGCCGUCCACGCCGCUGUUGACAGUCCGUGGAUCAGAAGGACUGUACAUGGUGAAUGGACCACCUCAUUUCACAGAGAGCACAGUGCUUCCGAGGGAAUCUGGAAAAAAUUGCAAAGUCUAUACCUUUAGUAAGGAUGGGACCUUGUUUGCCUGGGGCAGUGGAGACAACUUCUAAAGAUGGCACAGCUGGGACACCCAACCUCCAACUUUAUGAUGUGAAAACUGGGACAUGUUUGAAAUCCUUCAUACAGAAAAAAAUGCAAAAUUGGUGUCCAUCCUGGUCAGAUGAUGAAAUUAUUUGUGCUCGAAUUGUUAACAAUGAAGUUCACUUCUUCGAAAACAACAAUUUUAACACCAUUGCAAAUAAACUACAUUUGCAAAAAGUUAAUGACUUUAAUUUAUCACCUGGACCCCACCCUUGUAAAGUGGCAGUCUAUGUGCCAGGAAGUAAAGGUGCACCUUCAUUUGUUAGAUUAUAUCAAUACCCCAACUUUGAAGGACCUCAUGCAGCACUAGCCAAUAAAAGUUUCUUUAAAGCUGAUAAAGUUACAAUGCUAUGGAAUAAAAAAGCUACCGCCUUGCUGGUAAUAGCUAGUACAGAUGUUGACAAGACAGGCGCUUCCUACUAUGGAGAGCAAACCCUGCACUACAUUGCAACAAAUGGAGAAAGUGCUGUAGUACAGUUACCAAAAAAUGGCCCAAUUUAUGAUGUGGUUUGGAAUUCUAGUUCUACUGAGUUUUGUGCUGUGUAUGGUUUUAUGCCUGCAAAAGCAACAGUUUUCAACUUGAAAUGUGAUCCAGUGUUUGACUUUGGCACUGGUCCUCGGAAUGCAGCCUACUAUAGCCCUCAUGGACACAUAUUAGUACUAGCUGGAUUUGGAAACCUGAGGGGACAGAUGGAAGUGUGGGAUGUUAAAAACUACAAGCUUAUUUCUAAACCGGUGGCUUCUGAUUCUACAUAUUUUGCUUGGUGCCCAGAUGGUGAGCAUAUUUUAACAGCCACGUGUGCUCCCAGGUUACGUGUUAAUAAUGGGUACAAGAUCUGGCAUUAUACUGGUUCUAUCUUGCAUAAGUAUGAUGUGCCAUCAAAUGGAGAAUUAUGGCAGGUUUCAUGGCAGCCAUUUUUGGAUGGAAUAUUUCCAGCAAAAACAAUAACUUACCAAGCUGUUCCAAGUGAGGUCCCUCAUGAAGAGCCUAAGGCUGCGACAGCUUAUAGGCCUCCAGCUUUAAGAAACAGACCAGUCACCAAUUCCAAACUGCAUGAAGAGGAGCCUCCACAGAAUAUGAAGCCGCAUCAAGGAAGUGACAAGCCAUUGUCAAAAACAGCCCUUAAAAAUCAGAGGAAGCACGAAGCUAAGAAAGCUGCAAAGCAGGAAGCAAGAAGUGACAAGAGUCCAGAUUUGGCUCCUCCUGUCCCACAGAACACCCCACGAAAUCCUAUCUCUCAGCCAAUUUCAGGUGACCCUGAAGUAGACAAAAAAAUUAAGAAUCUAAAAAAGAAACUGAAAGCUAUCGAGCAGCUGAAAGAACAGGCGGCAGCUGGCAAACAGCUGGAGAAGAACCAGUUGGAGAAAAUUCAAAAAGAAACAGCCCUUCUCCAGGAGCUUGAAGAUUUGGAAUUGGGUGUUUAAAGAUUCACAGAAAGCAGAUUUGUUACCAGAAAACAGUACAAACAAAUGUUCAUCCCAUUGAUGUUCAUGAAUUUCCAUAUGGCCACAUUUAAUAUCAGUCUAUUUUUAUCCAAGGUUGCAUAUGUGUGAUUAUUUAAUGAUGUCUAUUAAAUUAACUUUUACAUCUGCAUCCUGUAUCAUGUCAGUAUGUGGUAAGAGAUGAAUUUUUCAGAUAAACUUGUCAAAUUGAGAGACAUUUUUUAACGUAGGUAAUAGUAUUUCAUACAUAAAUGAAUAAAGACAUUUUAAAUUUG